AUGUACCUUCCUUCAUUGAUCUUGGCUGCUGGCAGCCUGCCAACUCUCAUUGCCGCCAUUCCCCAUGGCGCGCAGUCCCACCACAACUUGCACCGUCGCGCCUCUGCCGCGUAUGCCGUUAUGGGUGGUAACGGCGAAACCUCUGAUGGAUGGCCCUCGAUGAAGCAGUGGAAGUCCUUCGAGACUCUUUGGGGCCUCAACCAAAUCCUGAUCUCCGCUUCUUGCGACAACACCGACGAGGAAACCUCCAACAUCAAAGACAGCAUCGAAUCAAUUGCCGACGAAACUGGUGUCGACUCAAGAUUCAUCCUUGCCAUUGUUAUGCAGGAAAGCAAGGGUUGUGUUCGCGUUCACUCCACCAACAAUGGUGUCCAGAACACCGGUCUCAUGCAGAGCCAUGACGGCAAGGGCUCCUGCAACGACGGCACCUCCAAGACGACUCCUUGCCCCGCCGACACGAUCAGAUUGAUGAUCAAGGACGGAACCGCAGGUACCGACGCCGGUGACGGUCUCCAGCAGUGCUACGAGGCCCAGUCCGGCGAGGAUGCCACCAAGUACUACCGGGCUGCCCGUACCUACAACUCCGGCUCCGUUGACUCUUCCGGUAACCUUGGCCAGGGUAUUGCCACCCACUGCUAUGCCUCUGAUAUCGCCAACCGUGUGGGCGGCUGGGCCGGCGACGUGACCGAGUGUGUUGAGUCCACCAUUGGUUCUCUCACCAAGGGUGUCGCAGACGCUUUCGGAAUUGGCUCCGACUCAAGCGACGACUCUAGCUCCGACUCCAGCUCCAGCUCUUCUUCCGCUGCCGCGCAGCCCACCGAAUCUGCUGAGCCUGAGACUUCCGCCGCCCCCGUUGAAACCGCCCAGCCCUCAUCCAGCGCUCAAGCCUGGACCCCCGAGCCCGCUGCUUCCUCCGCUGCUCCCACCGAGGCCGCUUCCGAGGCCCCGGUCCCUACUCAGACCCCCAAGAUCAACAUGGCCGCGCAGGCCUCCACCCCCACCCCAGCCUGGACCACCAAGUCAGCCCCGGCUCCCACCGCUGAGGUCACUUCAUCUGACUCCUCAGCCCCCAUUUACCCCCAGGCUGCCUCAUCUUGCCAGAAGUACGUCACCGUUGCCAGCGGUGACUUCUGCAACAAGGUUGUUGAGGCUGCCGGAAUCACAUUCUCUGAUCUCCGCAGCUUGAACCCCGGCCUUGAUGAGACUUGCUCCGACCUUUGGCUCGGAUACCAGUACUGCAUCAAGGCUUAG